UGUUGUGCCGCUCCACAGCGCCGGGUGGCGGCGGAUGACAUUGAAAAUGAAUGUUGACAGCACAGCAGCACUAUUUACCAUGCACUACAGCGUGAAGCUGGCGGGAAGCAUAUGGUAAAGGACGGAUAUUUUGAAGAGAAUGGAGGUUAACAAGAAUUGCACAGGUCCUCUUAUGAUUGCGCUGCAAUAUAAUGACCUAUUUGACUUAUCAAUCUCAACGUCCACAAACACAGACGCACUACCCAAAGGCAGAGCAUUCACGUUUAUUAAGGCUGUGCAAACAGUGAAUGAGAGACUUGUGGACCAGAACAAAACUGAAUCUUUGCUUUUUGAAGUGAUUCUCAUUGCAAAGGAGUGUUCAGAAGAAAUCAAAAUGAAGAUAGUUGAGAGUGUAAAGCAUUAUGGUCUGGAAAUAGGCAAAUUUUACUUUUACAAAAAGGAAGCACUCAUAAAUACUCUUCAGUCAAACAAAGUUAAACUGUUCCUCUCUACUGACAGGGAUGAUGUCUAUAAAGCUCUGCAUAAUGGAAUUCCAGCUGCUUUGCUGUACGAUCAGGCUGAUCAUCACGUCCUCAAUCAGCUGAAGGUCAUUUUCUCAGGUGAUGUUAUUGGUUUCUCUGAGGAUUCACUUGAUAGUCUAUCAGAUUUUGGAUUCAGUGAAACCCAAAUCGAGACCUUCAAAGCAGCAAAGAUCUGCAUGAAAGAGUUUGCCGUUCUGAUCGGUCAGAUGAGGAGGAGGUUCGGGCAUGAGAACAGCCCUCUCUCAACAUGUGUCUUAACCGCGUGGGGUUCUCGAAACAUCUGUGCCACAGCCCUAAAAACUCUUCGGGAAUGGGGUCUGGAUGUGGACGAGGUUUAUUGUCUGGCUGGAGCUCCUUGCAGCCCUAUAUUGGCUGUAGUUAAACCACACAUACUGUGGGACGGUGGCCUUCACAACAUGAGGAACUUGUCCACUCCGACCUGAGAGUCAAUAGCACUAUGCUGGACACACAAGUGUUGCUUUCCUUUCCUUUUCAUUUUAAUCAGGUGCCAAUUCUGUUCUCUUGCUGUUACACUUGACUUGGCAUUUACUAUUCAAAAGGGUUAUGUUGUAAAAUAAGGAGCAUUCAUAUAAGGUGAUUUGGGUUUAAUUGUGAUUCCCAUCACUAUAUAUAGAUGUUUAAGGGUUUAUAUGAACUGUUUACAAAAAAAAUACAUGGUACAUAAUAGAUAAUCAGCACAUAAUGUCGGAAACAAUUUAAAACAAGUUUAAAUAUCCCCAAAAUCUACUGAAAUCAAAUGCAGUACAAGACAACACUUAAGCAAAAUCUAAGCAUAAAACAUUAUAAUAGGUAUAUAUACACUGAAAAUACCAAAAUCUAAUUCACAGAGUUAACAUGCUUGCACCAUCAUUAAAGUUGAUCCUAACAUGG